UGCUUCUCGACGUCGACGGCACCUUCCAGGUCUUGUUUAUCGGCGACUUCCAUUUAGCGGUUGUACGCCACGGUAACAUAAAGAUCGAUUUGGAUGCCGAUGGGAAUGGCAACGGCAUGUUCAGCGGUCGCCUUAGGCACGAUGUGCCCUACAUGUUCCCAAGGUUUGGGCAGAGCGAGCUCAUCGUGACAGGCUGCAACGUGCACGCGACGGUGAAGAGGGGAAACAUCACCGUUGCGAGCUGUACCACGCUCUGCGAUAGUCUUGUACCUGCUGCGCCCAUAGCAGAUGACGGCACCGUGCGAUGCUCCGGCGGCACAGGCUGCUGCCACGGAGACGUCGUCUUCAGCGAUGACGAGAAUGAAGUGAACGGCAGCAGCAUACCCGGCUAUGACGUACAGCUCACAUGGCUGGGUCAUGGGAACCGUAGCGCGGACCUCGAGCGAUUCCCCAUGCGCGUCUUCAUCGCCGAUAUUCAGUGGUUCGCCAACAGCUCCAUCUCUAACGAUCUGCUGCAGCCAAGUGUACCCCCGUCAACGGAUACAAUGGCAGUUCCCCUGUUUCUGUACUGGGAGAUUGUUGGCGACGACAUCCGCCACUGCAAGAGCAACCACAGCGAACGCAUAGAUGCAAGAAAAGGCUAUACAUCAUGCACCUGCAAACAAGGUUUCCGCGGCAAUCCUUACCUCGCCGACGGAUGCAAAGCCGUGAGUGACUGCGAUGGGAUUCAUGGGUGCUAUGGCGAAUGUAUAAAUAAGGAUGGAAUCUCGACGUGCCGGUGCCCCCCAGGAACCAUUGGUAACUACGCCAUACCCGGUGGCUGCCUUGCUAUUGUCGCUGACACAAACACAGCAGCUAGCUGCAUGACGUCCUGCGGAGGAGUAACCGUGUCGUACCCAUUCGGCAUGGGACCAUCCACCAGCUGCUACUUGCCGGGGUUCGACCUCACCUGCGACAGAAGCCAUCACCCCCCGCAGCUGCUGCUCGGCAACACUGAUUUCCAAGUAGUCAAUAUCUCCCUUGACAACUCCACAAUACGUGUCACCCGAACGUACCCCCUUAUAAGCGCUGGGUCCGACAUAGGGUCCAUCCCUUAUCACUUCGGAGGAGAUCUGUUGGGCGGUUCCCAAUUCUUUUUCGCCGGAGAAGCGCCUUACUCGCUUUCCACUAGGAACGAGCUCGUGGUCACGGGGUGCAAUGCACAGGCGACGCUUCUCGGUCAUCGCAACCCGGCCAUCAUCAGCGGCUGCGCCUCCUUCUGCUACGACAACGACACCGGCAGUAGCAACGGCCUUGGUGGAGGCAAGUACUGCCACGGCAUGGGCUGCUGCCAGGCACCUAUCUCUGAGUCCUUGGACGGAAUGCCCAAGGAGUUAAUCUUCAAAUGGUUCGACAACACCAAACUCAAGGACAUACUUCCGUUGCCCGGGUACACCUUCAUCGCUGAGCAGGGUUGGUUUGAGCAGCAGGGCCAUCUGAUCAUGAAGAUGGGCCUGGAAGAAAUGUACGAAACUCCCGUAAAGGUUCCCAUUCUUCUCGGGUGGGAGGUCUUGCAUAAUGGCUCGUCAACCAAUGCCAAGUCACGUCGGGAUUGCCCCGGGGAGGUAGCCCGCGACCUCUGCAAGAGCGAGCACAGCCAGUGCAAACUUGGGAACAGAGGCCAUACCUGUAAGUGCAACGACGGCUAUCACGGCAACCCCUACAUCACCGACGGAUGCAAAGGUACUUCCUUGGAUUGGAUGCACGCCAUUAAUUUCAUUUUUAUUGGAGUAGCAAGUGGGGCUGGCCUCAUUCUUUUGGUUCUCAUUAUAUACUUCAUCUCCUACAAAUAUAAGCAACGGAGAUCAGAAAUGUUGAAACAAAAGUUUUUCGAGCAAAAUCGUGGGCAAUUAUUGCAACAAUUGGUAUCCCAAAGAGCCGACAUUGCGGAAAAAAUGAUCAUAACCCUGGAAGAGCUAGAGAAGGCAACAAAUAAUUUUGAUAAAGCUCGUGAGCUUGGUGGUGGUGGGCAUGGAACAGUAUACAAAGGAAUUUUAUCAGACCUCCACGUCGUAGCCAUCAAGAAACCCAAGAUAUUGGUUCAGAAGGAGAUUGAUGAAUUUAUUAAUGAGGUUGCCAUCCUAUCACAAAUCAACCAUAGGAAUGUAGUAAAACUCUAUGGUUGUUGCCUUGAAACAGAAGUCCCAAUGUUGGUCUAUGAGUUUAUAUCCAAUGGUACUCUUUACGAGCAUCUUCAUGUUGAAGGUCCAACUUCUUUGACAUGGGAGAAAAGGUUACAGAUAGCAAUUGAAACAGCCAAAUCCCUAGCCUAUCUUCACUCAACGGCUUUAAUACCUAUCAUCCACAGAGAUAUCAAGUCUGCUAAUAUACUUUUGGAUGAUACUCUAACAGCUAAGGUAGCAGACUUUGGAUCGUCAAGGUACAUUCCAUUAGACAAAUCAGGUUUAACAACAAUGGUGCAAGGUACAUUAGGAUAUUUGGAUCCUAUGUAUUUCUACACGGGGCGCCUCACAGAGAAAAGUGAUGUUUACAGCUUUGGUGUUAUGCUCAUAGAACUGAUGACUAGAAAGAAGCCAUUUUCCUAUACUGAUUCUCAAGGCGAUGGCCUUGUAGCACAUUUUGCUACCUUGUUUGUUGAAGGUAGUUUGUUCCAGAUAUUAGAUCCCCAAGUUAUGAAUGAGGGUGGAAACAAAAUUGAAGACAUUGCUGAAAUUGCAGUCGCUUGUAUAGAAUUAAGAGGGGAGGUACGUCCAACCAUGAGACAAGUGGAAUUGAGGCUGGAAGGAGUUCUGUCACAUGUGGAGCAUGUUGAAGCACUAAUGGAAGAGUUUGAUGUGAAUGGUACUAUGAUAAAGUCUCCAGUAACUAGAGAUGGAAUAAGUGACCAAGAAGGCCUUAGUAGCCAAUAUAGUAUGGAAGAAGAUUGCACAUUGUCCAAAAGUUAUCCACGGUAG